UGUAUAUAGGCCAGAGAGUAUAUAGGCACCACUGAGGGUCAAAUGCUGUUCCAUUCCUGUAUCAUUCGUACAUCAUGCUGCUCAGUGUCUGUCUCCUGCUGUCUGUCUUCUCUCUGUCCGGAGGGUUAGAAAGUGGUAUUGUAGGAGGCAGAGAGGUUAAACCUCAUUCCAGACCGUACAUGGCAUCUCUCCAGUAUAGAAGACAACAUAAGUGUGGAGGGAUGCUGAUUAAGGAUGAUUAUGUCCUGACAUCAGCCCACUGUUGGAAUAAGACCCCCGACUACUUAUUAGAAGUCGUUCUGGGAGCUCACAAUAUCAGCCAGAAUGAGCACAGCCAGCAGAUAAUCCAAGUAGAGAAGUACAUCCCACAUCCCAGUUAUACGAACAAUAACUUCACCUACGAUAUUAUGCUAUUAAAGUUGAAGACCAAAGCUGUACGGAAUAAGUUUGUGGAUGUUAUUGAUCUACCUAAGAACAAUAAAAAUAUUCCCGCCCAUGUGGAGUGCUCCAUUGCUGGCUGGGGUAUGACAAAACCCCCUCUGGGUCAAGCAUCAAGUGUUCUGCGGGAAGUCAGCCUCAAAUUGCAGUUCAGCUUUGAAUGUAAAAAAAAGUGGCAGGAAUAUUUCAACUCUGAGAAAAUGAUCUGUAGUGUCUCAGAUGGCAAAAGGGCUUUCUGUCAGGGUGAUUCUGGCAGUCCUCUUAUUUGCAACUCUAAACUUCAAGGAAUGGCUGCAUACACAUAUCCUUCUGACUGUACAUCCAAGAAAUAUCCUGAGGUCUACAUGAAAAUAUCUGCCUUCCUUCCGUGGAUUAGGAAGCACAUUAAGUGAUUGAAACAUCAUCUUAUACAAAGAACAUGUAUGCACCUAAAUCAUGUGAAUAAUUAGGAACCCUAAUUUUUGGCUACUCCAUGCUGCCAUUUCCAGGUUUUGAGCUUCAUAAAAAUGGUCAAGAAUAAAUAUUUUUUCUAACUUUUA